CGGUCUUGCAGUUGAAGCCUUCCCACUUCCCUUCCCCGCAGCUACCUGUUAGGCUAUGACUUCUAAACUGCGUAAUUUCUGAUUGGAUUGGCAGCAGCGUUAGCCUCUCCAGUUCCCCCAACAACCUAUUACUACUGGCUUCUUCAAUCCUCACCUCUUUGUAUUGGUUGCUGUACUUCUUGGACGAUUGUGGUGUUAUCUGGUAGUCUAUCUGCCGCCUGAGACCAUCCCUGUUCGGCCCACCAUAGAAUUCUCAACGUAAUUCCAGAGUUAAUCAAGAAAUUGUAAGUUGGGACAUGGAAACGAGUGGUGGAGAAAAGUAUGGAAUUGCUGGUAGGGCAAGCGCCACCAGCUCUCUCUCAACCAGCUCCAGUUUGUACAGUUCCGGCGAUGAUAGUACAGAAGAUGACCCUGCAAUCGCUGCAGCCUUAGCAGAAGACGGAAAUUCAGCCAACAUUAAUAAUACUUAUGGGCAGCAGCAUAGGCUUGGCAGGAGGCUUUCCCAUUUGGAUUCAAUCCCUCACACACCCCGGGUUAACAAUGAAAUACCUGAUGCAAAUGAUGCAACAUUUGAUCAUGAGAGGCUUUCUGAAAGGUUAUCAACAUAUGGUCUAGCUGAAUUGCAAAUUGAGGGUGAUGGAAAUUGCCAGUUUCGAGCUCUUGCAGAUCAGUUAUUUCGUAACCCAGAUUAUCAUAAACAUGUCAGGAAGCAGGUUGUCAAGCAGCUCAAACGUUUCAAAAGGUUAUAUGAAGGUUAUGUGCCCAUGAGGUAUAAAGAUUAUCUCAAGAAGAUGAAAAAGUUGGGAGAGUGGGGAGAUCAUGUCACGUUACAAGCAGCUGCAGAUAGAUUUGGAGCUAAAAUAUGUUUAGUCACCUCAUUUCGUGAUACCUGUUACAUUGAGAUCCUCCCAAAGGACAAAAAUCCUUCGAGAGAGAUAUGGCUGAGCUUUUGGAGUGAAGUGCACUAUAAUUCCUUGUAUGAAACUGGAGAGGUUCCUACUAGAGUACCAAAGAAGAGGUUUUGGCUCUUCUAGAGUUAAGGUGGAAGCUUAACAGUUAACUCUCUAUGCUGUACAUCUGAAUAAAGUGCCUUGGUCGUGUGGACAUCUUUUAAUCUCCUUUCCUGCCUCCUGAAAUGCUUGAAUUCAUUCAUUGUGCAAUUGGUUUACCGAGAUCCUGUAGAUAAAUAUACUUGUAACAGUUGCAAGUGUUUAUCUUGUGGUAACAUUUCUUGAGAGUUUCUGCAAGUGUAGUAACAAAAAUGAAUGGUGUCACCAGACGUAAUGGCUGGUAAAAGAUGUCCAGGAACCAUGCUGUAAAUAUUAUGGUGUACACAACUUACUUGGACAUGUUUUGGUUGAGAGUAAACUCCAGUUCUCUUGUACUUUUUGGCUGUUUUCCUUGUCAUUGAUACUGUAGCAACUAAAUAAAUUUGGGUAUCAUGACAACCCUUGACCU